GAGAGGCGGGGACUGGACCGCCUGAGAAGUGCCGCAACGGCGAGGAGAACCAUGGGUCAGGCGGCCAAGGUUUUACAGCUCUUUAAAACACUGCACAGGACCAGACAACAAGUUUUUAAAAAUGAUGCCAGAGCAUUAGAAGCAGCCAGAAUAAAGAUAAAUGAAGAAUUCAAAAGUAAUAAAAAUGAGACUUCUCCUAAGAAAAUAGAAGAGCUGAUGAAAACAGGUUCUGAUGUUGAAUUGUUACUAAGAACAUCUGUCAUUCAAGGUAUUCACACAGACCACGAUACACUCAAAUUGGUCCCUAGGAAAGACCUUCUUGUGGAAAAUGUGCCAUAUUGUGAUACACCAACUCAGAAGCAAUGAAUAUUCUAGGAUAAAACAAGUCUUUGCACUUUUUAACUUUAAAAUACAUAACUCUGGCAGAAGUCCUGCAAAUGCAGACAUUUUCCCCUGAACUUGCAUAUUGAAAAAUGAAUGAAUUAAAGAAUAGCUUCAUAAUUAAACUUCAUGUUGACAUGACAUCACUGAGAACUGCAGAAUUUAGUUAAGUAUUUCUAAAGGACAUUCAAUAAGACGACAUUUUAUUUUCAUUUAUAUUCAUUUCAUUUUAUUUUAUUUUUCUUUAUAAAGUAAAUUAAAUGCUUAAGGAGAUAUACCAUAUUCAAUUCUUUGACCUUGAUGAGUAUUUUGGUCUUACCAUAGCUAUUUGAGAAUACCAUGUUUUGACAAGUUAGUGAGCUUUCCACCCAUGUGAAAUGCAAUUAUUAGAUUUAAAUUAUUAGAUUAAAUUGAUGUUUAGUCUCAAAAAUAUUAAAUUGGUCAAAAAAUCAGAGUGUACACCAGCUCUCCUCAGAAGGUAGCCUUUGUUUCCUAAAGCACUGGAAUUACUUCUGUAGCUAACAGAUAAUUGUACGGUUUCUUUUUAGAGAUAGAGAAUAUCUCUGUGUUCUCAUAAAAACAAUUUUUUAUCAGUCUUCUGAAGAUAAAUGAAUAAAAUAUCAAAAUCACAUAGGGUCACUAUGGAAUAAAAAAAUCCUAAUUAUUUUAGGAAAUGGUGGCCCUUGAUCAAAUUAUGUAAUAUGGACUUAGUAGAAUUAGCGGAAUUUAGACCACAAUUAGACUUUAUUAUGAAAAUGUAACAUAUGGCUGCAUUCUCUUCAUUUUAAUCAGUAAAACUUAAAUGGCUUCUCCUCUUCCACAUUUCCCAUCCCUGACAAUAUUGGCAGUAUCACAAAAGGACUUGGCAUUCUGCCAAUGCUGGGAACUAUAAAAUCAUAUUUAAUUCUUCUUGUUUCUCUUUUAUCUGUGUGUUUUUACCAUUCUGUCUUCUCAGUGAACAGUGUGUUUUCUCCCAUUUAGUGAUGAAUUCUCCCAUUUGAUGACGAUGCAGAGUUUUUAAUUUUUGCAAGAUUCUCAGUGCAAGCUUUGUUUGCGGCAAAACAUAUUGGUAUAUUCAUACUGGAUAUAAAAUGUCAUAUUUGAAAAUAGUUUCAUUUUAGGAGAUCAAAAAAUUAUCAAAAUUAUUUAGACAUAGUACAUUUAACAUUAAGCCAGAGACUACCCUUAAUGCUUCCUAAUACUUUUGAGGAGAUCAUUUAGUAGUCUGUGUAAUGGAUUACACAUGUCAGAAAUUUCACUAUAAUUUUUUUUAUCUCCUGUGUAUAUUUCUUAUUAUAUAUAUAGAAAUUAUACCUGAAGAAAAAUGAAAGUUGGUUCAAAUUUGAAAUUUGUUUGCCUUUAUAAGAGAAUGCUGAAAGUCACUGCACAAUCACUGUUUAAAUUUCACUGAUUUACUGUUAUUACAGUGUCUAUUAUAAAUUUUGAGGAAAG